AUGUCCAAACUACUGCUUUCACCGGUUGAUAAUAGUGUUGAAGAUGUGUCUGUCCAGGACAGAGCUCGGAUUGGCAUGACUUUCGAAUCUGAAAAUGCUGCAUAUGAGUUUUAUAAUCAGUAUGGUAGAAAGAUAACAAACAUAUUUUGGGCAAAUCCGAGGAUGCUCAUUGACUAUGCACUGUUUGGUGAUGUUGUUAUCUUUAACACUACGUUUUGCACAAACAAGGAGUACAAGCCUUUUGGAAUUUUUGAGGAUUCAACCAUCAUAAGGAAGAAGCCCAAAACCAUUUUUACUGAUCAAGAUGCUGCAAUGGCAAGGGCAAUAGGUGAGGUUUUACCUGAAACACGACAUGGAUUGUGUACCUGGCAUACAAUGCAGAAUGGGAUAAAACAUCUUGAUGAUUACCAACUUGAGAAUAAUUCAUGGUUAACUCAGAUUUAUAGUAUUAAACAUAAAUGGGCACGUUGUUAUAUGAAAUACACUAUCACACUUGGUGUGAAGAGCACACAACUCAUUGAAAGUAUUAACAGUGAUUUGAAAAUUUAUUUGAGACCCACAUUGAAUCUUGUACGAUUUUUUAAGCAAUUUGAAUGGAUUGUUGAGGAUAAACGUGCUAAUGAAUUGAAGGCUGACUUUGAAGCAAGAAAUACACUUCCUAGGACCAUGGGUUGCAACGCACCAAUGCUGAGACAAGCAGGAAGAGUUUAUACCGCUUACAUAUUUAAUGAAUUUAGGAAGGAGCAUGAUAUAUUUCUUGCUUGCUCUGUAAAAGAUCAUAUAUUGGAAUGGUUGAUGAGGAAGCUAGUAAACCAAGCAGCUAAUAUAGACGUUGAUUUUGAGAUGGCCAACAUUAAUGCUGAUAUUUUGGGUAAAGAGUUUGCAACACUGACUGUAGCAUGUCCUACUACAAAAGACUCAGUUCAAUGCUCUGAAGCUUAUAGGGAUUUAGUGCUAAAAAGAAAAGAAGGUAGGAAAGGUGGUGGCAAAAGACAUAAGGUCUUCAUUGAAACUAAGGGAAAGCAGAAGAAACUUAAUAAAACAGUUAGAAGCCAAACCUCUGUUAGCAUGGAAACACUAGAAGAACCAUCUCAAAGCCUUGCUACAUCAGAUGUUCGUGGUGUAUCUCAAUAUACGAAGAACUGGCCUUUCAGAUCACUUUUAUUGCAUGGAGACCGCUUCCAGAAAGCUUGGACAAUGAAGAAUAGUGUUAUGAAAAAUAGCUUGUUUUGA